AAGCAGAUCUAUGCUGGAGAGGGGAAGAUCAUCGGUGUGGGAACAUACGACGGGGUAGAGGUUCAUGUAAAGAUGCCGAACAAGAAUCUCUACAACUCAGCGAUAGUCAAGAAAGCCCUGGAGGAAUUCUCAACAGAGAAGUGCAUGCUUGAAGCUAUGUUUCAUCCAUACAUUGCCACAUGCCUGGGGGGCCUAACAGUUGACCCGCAAUCUAAUCAGCCUCUGAUGUGGCUGGUAUACGAGAAGUUCAGCAUGAAUCUGGUUGAUGCUGUGAAUAAGAAGGUGCUGGAGAGCGAGGACACACGGCUGCGAAUCAUCUGGGGGGUCCUGCAAGCCAUCUCUUACUUGCAUGUUGAGUUUCGACCCCCUGAGGGUGACAAGACUCAGCCUUUCAUCUUGGGCAACUUGAAGCCGAGCGAUAUCAUGCUGGUUACCGACAAUAUCCCGAAGCUGUUCGAGCUUGGACGAACCAAGGUCAGCGACAAGUACCUGCGAUCGUUGACUGGGAUACCAGUGGUCAUCGAGUACAUGGCGCCCGAGCAGAUCAAGUCGCACCAGAUGACGACAGAGGCAGAUAUCUACUCCUUCGGGCUUGUUGCACGUUACGUAUGGACGGGCAAGACGCCGACGAAUGAAGGGCGGCCUGUGUCAAAGGUAGCUACAUCUUCUGCAGCAGAGCGUUGGAUGCCGAACAGGUUGAUGGACGGAAUGCCCAACGGAAUCUCUGCCACACUCCAUCAAUGCAUCAAGCCAGACCCGAGCAAUCGACCAGAUGCAAAGCAAGCUCUUCACAAGAUGAAG